ACCAAGGAAAGAUCCGGCAAAGCCUUGUUGCAAACCUUCGAUGAGUACAAGUUUCUUCCAUAUGCCGUGCAAGCAUGGGGCACCCACGCGCAUCUCAGCGACUUCAGUGACGGUGUCUUUGAUUUGACCAUGAGAUUACUUGAAUCUGAGACCGAGUAUGGGGGCAAUUACCACACGUGGUGUCAUAUAUUCUUUCAUCUGCAAAAGUCCAGCGGCCAGCGGUUGAAGACCUCGAAUAAUUCCUCUCUUUACUUUGCAAGCUUCUUUGGCUUACAUCGAGCCGUCUCACUUUUGCUGGAUGGCAGCGCUGACGUCGACACGGAAGAUCCCAUGAUAGCGAGUGCAAGUGGUGGGCACGAGUCAGUGAUAAAAGUCUUUCUUGACCAGGUUGAUUCGAUAGACGCAGUUGUGUUGGAAAAAUGCCUUUAUGUAGGCGCUGGGCAAGGGCAUGAGUCGGUCGUUAAGCUUCUACUAGAGAGAAGAGUGAAUUUCAAUGCUCGAUCCGGAAGAAAUGGCACCGCCCUCCAGAUUGCUACCCUGAAUGGUCGCCAUCAUGUUGUUUCACUCCUUCUUGCUAAUGGGGCAGACAUCGACGUUACCUGCCAGCGAUACGGUGUUCCCCUUGCAGCCGCUGCUGAGAAGGGACAUCUUCAAACAUUUCAAGUUCUCCUCAACCAUGGCGCAAAUGUAAACGGCCGUGGUGGCUGGUAUGCGUAUCCUCUGGUGUCCGCUAUUGUUGGAAGGAAUAUGCAGAUGGUCAAUGCUCUUAUUGAGCGAGGAGCCAAUCUGAACGCUUUGGGUGGUCGACACGGAUGUGCAUUAAUGGCAGCCUCAUCUAUGGGGAUGUUGGACCUGAUUCGCUCACUGGUUUCAAAAGGUGCCAAGGUAAAUGACGAGAAUGACAAGGGGACUGAUAGUCUGUAUGCAGCGUGCAUGGCGGGCAAUAUGGAUUCGGUGAAGCUUCUCCUAGAGCUUGGAGCAGAUGUCAAUGCCAAAGGAGGAAAGCAUCGAAAUGCACUUAACGCGGCGAGUGCGGGGGGUCAUGUCAAGAUCGUUCGAUGUCUCCUCAGUGCCGGCGCAGAUGUCGAAUUCUUCGACGAGCACUAUGGAAAUAGUCUGCAGAUGGCAGCCUUUGCGGGACACGCAGAAGUAGUGCGUCUACUGGCGGAGGUGGGAGUGGAUGUCAAUGCGACUAGCGCAGAUCGAGGAACGGCGCUCGUUUCAGCCGCUCAAAAUGGCCACACGGAGAUUGUUCGGCUACUGUUCAAAUUGGGGGUUCCAACUGGGGAUACUUACGAGAUGAGCAACGCCAUAAUGGUGGCUGCGAACAAAGGACACAUUGAUGUUGUGAAGGUCCUCGUUGAAAUGGGUGCAGUUACAGACGACUGUAGCACCAUUUCAACACAUCCCUGCUGCACACCCUUAGAGGCUGCAGCCGUGAAGGGCAAUCUAGACAUGGUUCGUCUGCUACUUGAUCUAGGUGCAGAUGUCAAUUUCACAAACGAUAAAAAGUACGGAACCCCCCUGAUUGCAGCUUGUCGUGGGCAAAAAUCAAGUAUUGUUGUUGCAGAGUUAUUGCUUGAGUCUGGGGCAGACAUCAAUGCCUCAGCGGACUCUGACGAUAUGAUUUUCUGCGCACUUGGAGCCGCCUUGAAAUGCGAGAACUAUGAUCUUUGUGUUUUCCUCCUCGAGCGAGGUGCGGACGUGAAUGCCGUCAAUGAUUGCUAUCCUACAGCCCUUCUCAUGGCAGUCGUACUCGAUCAUGAGAAAUUUAUGGAUCUUCUCUUCGAUCACGGCGCAGACAUCAAUCUUGCUAUUGAGCCUCUUGAAAAUGAGGAUGAGGAUGAUGAUGAGGAUACUCGUGGGGAUUUCAUAACAGCACUACAGUGUGCGGUAGAGCGAGGAUCCAAUGAAAGAGUUCAAUACUUACUUCAAAGAGGCGCUCAUCUUUCAGUGGACAUUGAACACGCAAUGUUCUGCUCUGCGUUACAAGCUGCAUGUUUUGUAGGAGAUAUGGACAAAAUUCGAAUUUUAAUCGACGCCGGGAGUGACGUUAAUCAAGUCGGUGGCUUGUAUGGCACGAACUUACAGGCUGCUGCAUCCCAGGGACACCAGGAAGCGGUCACAAUGUUGAUAGAAGCUGGUGGUGAUAUCCAUGCGAGUGAAAUCGGCAAAUAUGGCAGCGCAUUGAUGGCUGCCAUUGAAGAAGGCCACGAUGAGGUUACCCAGCUAUUAGUCAACCGGGGAGUUGAUGUCAAUUGCCCCAUUGGACCUUCGCCUUUCGAAUAUCCGCUAACGGCAGCCGCCACUCAUGGUCGGGACAACACUUGCCAAAUUUUGCUUGAUGCUGGCUCCAAUGUGAAUAAUGAAGGAGGUAUAUACGCCACUGCUCUACAAGCCGCGGCGGCUGAAGGCAAUGAUGACACCAUUUCUCUACUGCUUCGGCAUGGAGCAGACCCUAAUAUUGUCGGUGGCAAGUUCGGCACCGCGCUACAGGCUGCGUAUGCAAGUGGAUAUUACGUUAUCAUAUCUUGUCUUCUAAAUGCUGGCGCAUCAGUCCAUCUUGAGGGUGGACAAUAUGGGACGGCUUUGAGCGCAGCCCUUGAAAAUUCUUGCGCAACGUUAGUUUCGGCCCUUCUCCGACAUCAUGGUGCUGAUCCAAAUACUCCCGUUCGGAAGUAUGGGACACCACUUCAACAAUGUAUAAGGUGGAGAGAGGAUGAUAAUGUGUUCGACAUCCUGCUUGAUGUCGGAGCAGAUGUGAAUGCUCAAGGUGGCAUUUAUGGUAAUGCGCUUAUAUGCGCGGUUGUGCAUGCAGAGGAUGCGGUCUCGGCGUUGUUGGAUGCUGGUGCCGAUGUCAACCUGGGAGGAAAUGCAGCCUAUCCUACCGCAGCUCAUGCAGCAGCUGAGAGGGGGCGCUUAAGGAUUCUUCGGCUCUUAGUUGAAAAGGGGGCUGACUUGAAAAAUUCGAUUGGUGGAUCUGGCUCACUGAUUGAAUAUGCUUCAUCCUCAUGCGAUAAUUUCUCGGUAUUCUCCUACCUCAUCAGACGAGGGGCAGCCAUCGAGCCUACUGGCAAAGGGAAGUACCACAACGCACUGCAGGCCGCCAGCGUCACUGGAAAUAAGGCGAUUGUAAAGGCUCUUCUUCGUCGCGGGUUUGACAUCAACACGACCGGUGGAAAAUUUGGUACAGCAUUGACAGCAGCUAUUGUGUCAGACAAUCUUGAUAUUGCAAGGCUGCUUCUGAAGAAAGGCAUUGAUCCAAAUGCUACAGGUGGUAUUUAUUCUGGUGCAUUACAGGCGGCAGCUGCCAGUGGAUCCAUUGGUGGCGCGGCUUCUGUGUCUGGAAACUAUGAAUUGGUUGAGCUCCUUCUUGAAAAAGGCGCCGAGCUCAAUUCUCUUGGUGGAUAUUGUCACUCUGCACUGCAUGCAGCCGCAUUGUAUGACCGGGCAGCAUCCUGUGAGCUCCUCAUGAAGAACGGGGCACACUGGAGCUUAGUGGACCGCAAGCCUAGUCAUCUGGGUCAGUGGAGACUUGAUCAUGCUUGCAAGAUUUUACAAGACUGCCGGGAGCGACAAGAGCGCGGCUGGUCAAAGGAAGAUUCGGAUAGUGAAGAGUCAGAUGUUGAAGACGAUCAAAUUGGUGACGAUACUACAGACAGCAAUCAGGAUGAUGAUACGGAUGAUAGUGAUGACGAUACAGACGAUGAGGAGGAUAAUAGUGAUGAGGAGGAGGAAAAAGAAGAUAGCGAGGAUGACUAUGAAGAAGAUAAAGCAUGGAAGCUGAAUGUGGGGGAGAUUUCAAUGUUCGACUUCCCUUCUCGUCCCUCUGCGACUUCAUAG